ACACGUGAGCGAGGAAAGGGGGGCGUGUCGGUGUGAGGACAGGGGUGAAAGGUGAAAGGUGAGAAGUUCCCGGCUGCAGGAAGAUGGCUGAGAGGGAGCAGCAGACAGGCUCCCACCAUGGGGAUGAGGUUCUUCCAUCUCUUGUAGGACAUACCUAUAUUGUUCCAAAGAAAGAGAUCAACACGGUUCCGGACAUGGCCAAAUGGAAACGUUCUCAGGCAUAUGCCGAUUACAUGGGUUUUAUCCUCACUUUAAAUGAGAGUGUGAAGGGGAAGAAGUUGAGCUGUGACUAUCGGAUGUCAGAGGCAGUUGUGAAAUUGAUGGCCUUGCUGGACACAUUGGAUCGCUGGAUUGAUGAGACGCCCCCUGUGGACCAACCAUCGCGUUUCGGGAACAAGGCAUUUCGUUCUUGGUAUGCAAAGCUAGAUCAGGAAGCCGAGAAUCUCGUUUCCACGGUGAUCCCUUCUCAGCUAAGCGCGGCAGCGCCGGAGGUGGCUGUGUAUUUAAAGGAGUCUGUGGGCAACGCCACCCGGAUUGACUAUGGCACAGGACACGAAGCUGCGUUUGCCGCCUUCAUGUUCUGUUUGUGUAAAAUCGGUGUUCUCCAGGGGGACGAUCAGCUCGCCAUGGUCUUCAAAGUCUUCAAUCGUUACCUUGAAGUCAUGCGAAAGCUGCAGAAAACCUAUAGAAUGGAGCCUGCAGGCAGCCAAGGGGUCUGGGGCCUCGAUGACUUUCAAUUUCUUCCUUUUAUAUGGGGCAGCGCUCAGCUUGUAGACAAUUCUACACUGGAGCCCAGGCACUUUUUGGACGAGAGGGUGGUGAAUGAAAAUCACAAGGACUUUAUGUUCCUGGAAUGCAUCCAGUUUAUAACACAGAUGAAGACAGGACCUUUUGCAGAACACUCCAACCAACUCUGGAAUAUCAGCGCUGUCCCAACUUGGGCUAAAGUCAACCAAGGCCUGAUCCGCAUGUACAAAGCGGAGUGUCUGGAGAAGUUUCCUGUGAUUCAGCACUUUAAAUUUGGCAGCCUGCUCCCCAUUACGCCUGUCAAGUCCUAAGGAUACGGGAAGAUAGAAGAGAAGAUCCCUCCUGCCUCUAGAUCCAAGCCUUCCCCCUGUCCUUCUCUGUUUUCUGGCUCUGCAGGCAUCUCUCUCUUCCUGCCGUGGAUGGAGGGUAGCAGCAGUGGCCUUUUAGGAGCGGAGAGAGUGAGGCCACAAGAGAACACCUUGGUAUCAGCAUGGUCACCCUUGUAAACCACCAGGGGUGCAGAGCCCGAUGCUAGGAUGGUAUAGGGGGACUAUGGGGUGUCUUUGUGCUCACAGUGGGACUGUUCACUAUGUAGGUCCAGUCAUGGCAUACAACAUUUAGCCAGCAAGUCUCUUGCAACAAAAGAUGGACCCAGAAGUUGGGGAUGGGUUGUUCUCUGUAUCAUAAGUUAAGAUUCUGCACAAUGUAAGUAGACCCUUUUUUUUUUCCCCGCUCCUUUCUGUGUCUUUUAUUCAUCUAUGGAAGAUAGCUAUGAGCGGGUGGCUUCGUCGAGACAAAAUGGGUUCCAUGAUGUCUGUGUUUCAGUGAAGAACCAUUGGGGACUGGAACUCUGCUUUGUCGUGCCGCUUAUAGAGGUUACACAAAUAAAAUCUAAAAUCCCUUA